AUUUUAUAAUUUUAUUACGUAACAAAAGACUCGAUAACAAUAGUUUUUUAAAUCACUCAAGUCGUACUUCGUUUUCUAUCAAACAGUCGACUUUCAUUCAAGAUAAAAUUGCCAUAAAAUGGUACCUCAAUCCGUGCUCACCUCGCAAACCUGAAAUCAACCUCUGUUCUUGUGAGAUGGAGCUCUCUAUUCACGACUAUGGUCUUGUGAAAAACCUAUCUUCUUCACUGCAAUAUUCGCCCACCAACUGUUUGACGAAAUUCCUGAACGAACGCCAACACCCUUUCUCAAACCCAUCGUCGUCGCUUAUCACAGCAGCCAAGAAGAAGUCUCCCGUUCCUUCUUCAAAAGGUAUCCAAAAGUCCACCGACAAACACUUGUCUUAUAUUCUGAGGUCAGAGGCUGCCAUCGAAGCAAUUGAGAGAAAAGCCAAUUCCACCUCUGUCAAGCAUAACCGCUUUUCUCCGAAACUUCUUUUGGAAGCUUUGGACAACGCUAUCCGCCAUAGACGCUGGGAAUCUGCUCUUAAGAUAUUCGAUCUUCUUCGUAAUCAACACUGGUAUGAACCAAGAUGCCAAACGUACACAAAGCUACUUGUAAUGCUCGCGAAAUGCAAGCAACCCAUGAAAGCGAGCUAUCUUAUCGAGGUCAUGUUGCAGGAUGGACUCAAACCCACCAUUGACGUUUACACUGCACUUGUUAGUGCUUAUGGCUACUCCGGACUCCUUGAAAAAGCCCUAGAAAUCAUCGAUGAUAUGAAAUUAAUCCUCGAUUGCAAACCCGAUGUUUACACCUACUCAAUCUUAAUCAACUCUUGCACUAAACAUCGCAGAUUUGAUAUGAUUGAACAUAUUCUUGCUGAUAUGUCAUAUUUAGGAAUCAAAUCCAGCAUUGUCACAUAUAACACCAUAAUUGAUGGAUAUGGAAAAGCUGGAUUGUUUAAAGAAAUGGAGAAUAUGUUAACAGAGAUGCUUGAGGAAGAUGAAACUUGUCUUCCAGAUUCUUUCACAUGUAAUUCAGUUCUUGAUGCGUAUGGGAAUUCAGGGAUGAUUUCAGAAAUGGAAAAAUGGUUUGAUGAAUUCCAACUAAUGGGGAUAAAACCGAAUGUGAUGACAUUUAAUAUCUUGAUUAAAUCGUAUGGGAAAGCAAAGAUGUAUGACAAAAUGGGGUAUGUAAUCGACUAUAUGACAAAAAGAUUCAUUCCUCCAACUACAAUUACAUUCAAUAUAAUUAUCGAUACAUUCAAAAGGAUUGGAGAUAUUGAGAAAAUGGAAGAGUUUUUUAUAAAAAUGAAGCAUGUAGGAAUGAAGCCUAAUGCAGUUACUUAUUGUUCUCUUGUGAGUGCUUAUGGGAAAACCAAACUUUUGCAUAAGAUUGAUUCGAUUAUGAGGCAAAUUGAAAAUUCUGAUGUGAUUCUUGAUACGACUUUUUUUAAUAGUCUUAUUAGUGUUUAUGGACAUGUGGGUGAUGUGAAAAAAAUGAAUGAAAUGUUUUUGGCUAUGAAAGAUAAAGAUUGUGAACCUGAUAGUAUCACUUUUGCUACCAUGAUACAUGCUUAUAAAACCAUGGGAAUGAUAGAAGCUGCUCAAGAUUUGGAGAAAAAAAUCAUUGAAUAUAAUUUAGAUUCAGGCACAAGGUUGAUUGAGGGGUAGAAUGGUCAAUUCUAAUAUGGAUGAGAUGCGGUCAAAUAUGCAAGGCUUGAUAGAAUCAUGUUUGUUGCAUCAUGUCCGAUUGAUGCAUUGAAAACUAACAUAUCAUGAUAUCAAUAAUCAUUGUAUAUGCCUUUCAAGUGCUUACAGAUUAAGUUCAAUGUUGAAUUGGAAGUUGUUGACCGGUUGUUGACCAUGGAGGGAGUUGCAAGAAAGGGGGAAGACCAUUGUUGUGAGGGAUAUCUUGGAUUAUACGAGAGAUUUCUAACUGUAAAGUAUUUUGUAUUAGUGGUAUAUUUAGUACUUUAAGCUCAUAUUAAUGGCUUCUAAGUAUGGCAACAUGAUUAGUGUGCAUGCACACAGCAUGAUGAUGAACAAUAUUGAGAAUAAGCUCGAGGGAAAAUACAUGUAGAUUAGUGAAGGCUUAUUAGUUCACUUCAUUGAGGCUUCUCUCUACAUGAUUUGGUGCUUUCACGAUCAACUAUAACAUACAUAAAGAAAAAUAGAAGAUGAGUGUGUUAAAAUAUGUGCAUACAACAUAAGUGGCUAGCAUUAUCGCCAAUGUCAUGUGAGCUUAUUUUGUAGCAUAACUAGGGCAAUCAGUCAAUGAAAAGAUUGGAUUGAUUCUAACAAUACUAUAUAAUAUUAUAAUGGUUGUAACUUGUAAGGAAC